GCUCUCUUGACAUCUAGACGGUACAUCAAACUGCCAGGCGAUGUUGAUGCGCGCCGUGUUCAAGACGUUCGGCUGGCUCCAGAGCUGGCGCCUGCAGCCGGGCCUGACACCGCUGCCGGGCGUCGCUCAGCUCUCUGACGCCGUCACCCGCGUGCUCGCCUGCAACCCCAGUCCGAUGACGCUGCAGGGAACCAACACCUACCUGGUCGGCACAGGCAGACGGCGGAUCCUCGUGGACACGGGCAGCGCGUCGGUGCCGGAGUACGUGGAUCGGCUCGAGCGGGUGCUUCGCGAGGCGGACGCCGAACUGCAGGAGGUCGUGCUCACCCACUGGCACCCGGACCAUGUGGGCGGGCUGGCCGACAUCCGGCGCCGGCUCGGAGACGUGCCGGCUCGCAAGUUCCCGCGCCCGGAGGCGGCGGAAACGCCCGGUGUGACGCUGCUCAGUGAUGGCGACGUCAUCAGCACAGAGGGCGCCACGCUCCGUGUGGUGCACACGCCCGGCCACUGCACGGACCACGUGGUGCUGAUGAUGAGCGAGGGCGGCGUCCUGUUCAGCGGCGACUGUGUCCUUGGCGAGACGACGGCGGUGUUCGAGGACCUGGCCGACUACAUGGCCUCGCUGCAGCGGCUGCUGGAGAUGGCGCCCCGCGUCAUCUACCCCGGCCACGGACCUGUCGUGGAGAAUCCGGUGGAGAAGAUCCAGCACUAUAUCGACCACCGACUGGAGCGGGAGCGUCAGCUCGUGGCGGCGCUCCGAGCCUCUGACCCCGACGCUCGCACCGUUGCUGAGCUGGUGACGACCGUGUACACGGACAUCCCCUUCUACAUGCGACGUCCCGCGUCCGUGAACGUCAAACACCAUCUCGACAAACUGGUCAAAGAUGGCGCUGUCGCUGUGUCCGAGGGCGAAAGAUACUCGCUGGUCAAAGACGGGGAGUGUUCUGCAGGGGAAAGUGGUUGAUGACAUCAAGGUGAUGCUGGGGUAAGGUGCGCUGGCCGAACAUACUCAUCCAUCUAUCAUGGCCGCCGAAGUGGUAAGGUGGCCACUGGCCAUGGGCGAAACGUGUCAGCACCCGCCAAACGGGUGCGCGGUCUCGCCCAGCACAUGGCAGUCACGCUAGGGAUGGCUGGCGCGCGGCCUCGCCCAGCAGGUGGUAGUCACGCUGGGGACGGCCGGCCCGCGGUCUCGCCCAGCACACGGUAGUCAUGCUGGGGACGGCUGGCGCGCGGUCUCGCUCAGCACAUGGUAGUCACGCUGGGGACGGCCGGCGCGCGGUCUCGCCCAGCACCUGGUAGUCACGCUGGGGACGGCUGGCGCGCGGUCCUGCCCAGCACAUAAUAGUUAUGCUGCGUAAGGGCUGGCUGGUACCUACACGCUGCUCAGCUCGUGUUCUGCUGAGCUCGGCCGCUGCUCAGCUCGUGUCCUGCUGAGCUCGGUCGCUGCCCAGCUCGUGUCCUGCUGAGCUCGGCCGCUGCUCAGCUCGUGUCCUGCUGAGCUCGGCCGCUGCUCAGCUCGUGUCCU